GAGAGAGACGCCAACAUGAUCCUGCUCCUCCUUCUGUUCUCCCUGACCCUGGGUGCUGUGUCUCCUUCAGAUGGACCUGAGGUCAAGCUGCAGCGUGGAAACUGUCCCAUGUUCUGGUUCAGCUUCAACAACCGCUGCUACAAGUACGUGGAAACACUUAUGACCUGGGCUGAUGCAGAGGUCAAUUGUUUGUCACAGGGAGCCAACCUGGUAUCUAUCCGUAGUCUGGUGGAAGAUACUUUCCUUCAAUUCCUGAUCAUGAACUUUGACCAUGUUUAUGGAAGAGCCUGGAUUGGACUCAGCGACCUCGCCAAAGAAGGCAUCUUCAUGUGGUCUGAUGGUUGUGCGGCAAAAUGUUACCGUUGGUCCAUAGAAGAGCCAAACAACCUUCAUGGAAAUGAAGACUGUGUUGAAAAGAGCCAUAGGCCGUAUACGAAAUGGAAAUGGAAUGAUCUACCUUGUAAUGUCCUUAUUCCCUCUGUUUGUGCAUCUCGCAUAAUGUGUCCUCAGUGAUUGUUUAGUCUGAUUUAACCUGCUCACUGAUCACCUGAUGCUUGUUGACAUGAAAUAGUCCUCAGCAAUAAAGAUACAAAUGCAAACUGCUCUGUUUGUUCUGGAUUAGCAAUAAAACAGAUAACGCAUGUUAA